UAGGCAUUUCCCACUAUAGUGGCAAGCUGCAAAGUCGAAAUUGCCAUAAAAAUCGUGAAAAUGUAUGAAAACGUCAAUUCGCUUUUUGCUCUUCAUUUAAGCGUAGGUCAGGCACACGUCUAGGAGUAUGGUUAAUGUUGGCGUCGGUUUUGAAAUCCGAUUUUUAAAUAAGAUAAAAUUGUAGAACUUCCGGGUUUUGCAGCUUGGCCAUAUAGUGCCAACCCCUCAGACAGGCCAGCGGCGUGUUCUCCGUUUCUCUCGUGUCACUGAGUUGUGUUCACACGGACACGGGACGGACCGCCCGUCUGCCGGUGGGUUGACGAUCUGCGUCACUUUGUUGUCUCUGCUACUUUUUACAGCUUGGUCUGUCUUUCUCUGAUCGUGUGCCUGCCCUGCCAUGGCUGUCCUGCUAAGGCGUGUGGGCCGUGUGGCUCUACAGUUGUCCCUGAGACAGAACAGGACCCCCCCCCAGAAGGCCCUGCUGCUUGCCACUCUUCUAGGAACCUGCCGGACCAAGAAGACAUGGCCCAAGUCCUUCUCUCAGGAGGAGCUGAAGAAACGUCUCUCCCCCAUUCAGUUCCAUGUCACCCAGGAGAAAGGAACAGAGAGUGCCUUCAGAGGGGAAUACACUGAAUAUAAAGAGGAUGGGAUCUACACCUGUGUCGUCUGUGGCUCCCCGUUGUUCAAGUCCGAGACCAAGUUUGACUCUGGAUCAGGUUGGCCUUCCUUCUAUGACCUGGUGAAGGAGGAGUCAGUCACUGUAACAGAUGAUUUUGCCUACGGGAUGCACAGAGUUGAGACCAGCUGUAGUCAGUGUGGUUCUCACCUCGGACACCUGUUUGAUGAUGGCCCCAGACCCACAGGGAAACGAUACUGCAUCAACUCUGCCUCUCUGGGCUUCCAGUCCGCCUCAGCCUCUAGCCCACCCAGCAACGGAGCUGGGGCUGGGGCAGGAGCUGGGGCUGGGGCUGGGGCUGGGGCUGGGGCAGGAGCUGGGGCUGGGGCAGGAGCUGGGGCUGGGGCAGGAGCUGGGUCUGGACUCUCCCUCCUGGCAUCCUGA